CGAAUAAUCCCUCACCAACCUAUAAAGAGGGCGACCCUCUCCUCAGCGACAGACCAGAUCUUCCCCAGACAAUCGCCUCUCGCCCACACUUACAACAUGCAAUUGCUAUCGAGGUCCCCCCAGUCCCUGCUGGCGUUAGUGGCCGUGACCGGCUUGAUUGGACACAGCCAUGCUGGCCCAGUACCCAACGACGUUUAUCAGCAGUUGAUGCAGAUUCCGGCCUCCUCGCCCUCGACUUUCUUCAACAGCAAAGAGCCCUUCACCCCCGACCACCGUGAUCCCUGGGACCAUAAGGUAGAUGCCAUCGGGGAAGAUCGAGAGCCCCUUCCCUGGCGGAUGGGCGAUGGCGCCUCGGUGAUGGGACCGCGGAACAAGGACCGCGAGCGCCAGAACCCCGACCUUGUUCGACCCCCGAGCACCGACCAUGGCUCGCUGCCCAACAUGCGAUGGUCAUUUGCUGACUCCCACGUGCGAAUUGAGGAAGGCGGCUGGACGCGCCAAACCACCGUCCGCGAGCUCGGAACCAGCAAGGAGCUCGCCGGCGUGAACAUGCGCCUCGACAGCGGAGUCUACAGAGAGCUACACUGGCAUCGAGAGGCCGAAUGGGCGUACGUCCUCGCGGGCCAGGUGCGCGUGACAGGGAUUGACCUCGACGGGAACGCGUUCAUCGACGAUCUGGAAAAAGGGGAUCUGUGGUACUUCCCCUCCGGCCACCCGCACAGUCUGCAGGGGCUCGGGGAGAACGGCACCGAGUUUCUCUUGAUCUUCGACGAUGGCAAUUUCAGUGAGGAGUCGACGUUCCUGCUGACGGACUGGAUGGCACACACCCCCAAAGCAGUCCUAGCCGAGAACUUCCGCCUCCGCCCGCAACUGUUCAAGAACCUCCCCACGAGCGAGAAAUACAUCUUCCCGGGCUCGCACCCGGCCUCGAUCCCCAAAGAGACCCCGCCCAACUUCAAACCCUCCAAGGAGCGGUUCACCCACAAGAUGCUGGCCCAGAAGCCCGAGCGCACCUCGGGCGGCGAGGUGCGCAUCACCGACUCGUCCAACUUCCCGAUCUCCAAGACGGUGGCCGCGGCGCACCUGACGAUCCAGCCGGGGGCCCUCCGCGAGAUGCACUGGCACCCCAACGCGGACGAGUGGUCGUACUUCAUCCGCGGGCGGGCGCGGGUGACCAUCUUCGCCGCGGAGGGCAACGCGCGCACCUUCGACUACGUGGCGGGCGACGUGGGGAUCGUGCCCAAGAACAUGGGCCACUUCAUCGAGAACCUGUCGGACGAGGAGGAGGUCGAGGUGCUCGAGAUCUUCCGCGCGGAUCGGUUCCGCGACUUCUCGCUGUUCCAGUGGAUGGGCGAGACGCCGCGGCGGAACGUGGCGGAGCAUCUGUUCGCGGAGGAUCCCGAGGCGGCCAGGGAGUUUCUGAAGAGUGUGGAGAGCGCGGAGAAGGAUCCCAUUCGGGAUACCAGGGCUUAGAAGAGGGAGGAAGUCAAAUUUCUCUUCGAAAGUGACGUUCAAGUUGAGCUUAUUGUGUGGUGUACCAUGUACGUUGUGGCUUGUAAUCCUUCGGAAGAAAUGCAAACAUACAAGGCUUAAUGGUCAGUAGACCGACAUCGGCCGACGUCAUCGAUCCGAGAAGCAAUAAGCUCGUGGCUGAACGAUAGGGCAUGCAUGCAUUUCGUCUUUGCCUAAAUACUGAGAUUUUGCUCAGCCCUCUCACAUGCGACGGACUCAAACUUCAUGACUGGAGUCCAAGCAGGUAAACGAGAAUAUUUCCCAAUCGGACCAAGCCCAAGUGGAGAGAAAGUGUGGCGAUGAAAUCAUCCAACCCACAUUUUGGUGGGGGAAAAAGGGACGCUAAGCCGGUUGUAGGGCGGAUUACGAAGGC